AAUUUUUAUUAACACUUGAUAUCUUUACGAUCAAAGGUUACAUUCAACUUUUAGAAAAUAUUUUAGCAAAAGGAUAUGAUAUUGUUAAGUUCUUUUCAAAGACCGAGUUCCCAUUAUCGCAAAAAAAACAAGCUGAGGAAGUAUGUCAUGAAGCAUUGAAGGCUAUUGCAUCCGGUAAUGGAGAACAAUCUGAGAAAGCUCGCAUCCUGCUUGAGACUUAUAACGAAAAAAUCAACUCUCAUAACGUUCAGCAAUUUUGGGAAAAUAUUCGUCUGCGAAAUGAGAGAUUUAAAACCCGUAAUGUGCAACUUCAUUUGGACGAAAAAAAAAAACAACAAUUUAUUCAAGUCGAAUCGAAUGUCAUAGAGGAAUUUCAUGUUACAGGUAAUCGAUUGUUGUCGGAAUUUAAGGCCACCACGUCUGCAAAUUUAAUGAAUGAUCCUGGAAGCAAAGAGAAGCGAACAAUGGAUAGUGGUGAACUUUCAAAAAAUAGUAAAAAAGUUGGUACAGAAUAUAACCU